AUGGAUGCUACUCACCCGUACGCGAUGCUGCCUAUAGAAGACCCGGUUCCCCAUCAUAAUCGGGCAAUUGUGGGUGUGAACGUCGCAGUUGGAGCGGCUCCACCAGCACUGCGGUCGAUUAAGCGCUUAAUCUCCGCCGUCUCUGCGCGCCCCGCGGCUUCCCGGACCAACUCUGCGGAGACUUCUGCGGGCGGAAGCGAGGAUAUUCCGGCAGAAUCGAAGCUUCUCUCUCAGCAAGACGACGAAGCGCAAUCGGCACCUGUCCCCGCGAUCGUACUUCCGCAACUGCCGUCUCGGUUCGCUUUGCCUACUCCUCGUCUGAAUCGUCGCGCUCUGCUUGGCAUCGGCGCCGCCGCACUCGGCGCCGCAGCCGCCGCCGAGCUGGGGUUGGUCAACGCGGCGGCGGCGGAAGCGGGGAAAGAGAAGUCGCCGUUGUGGUUCCUCGGCAACGCUAACGGCGCCGGGGUGAGCGUGGAUGGCGGCGCGAAGGCCGCGGCAGCGCCGAAGGGCCCCGAGUCGCGUGUGUACGACGCAACGGCGGUCGGAGAGCCGGCGCUGCUGGGGGAUAAGGAGGGCGUGUGGCAGCGACUUUUGGCGGCUCGAGUGGUGUACCUAGGCGAAGCAGAGAUGGUUCGCGACCCGACGGACAAGGUCGUGGCUCUGGAAAUCGUAAGUCGGUUGAGAGACGAGUGCUUCAAGGCGGGGCGCCCCGUCACCCUCGCGCUCUCUGCGUUUCCGCGAUCCACGCAGCCGCUUCUCGACAAAUAUCUCAACAAAAGGCUUUCUGAAGAGGACCUCCAGGUGGCAGUGAGCCAUUGGUCCAAGGGUCGCUUCGAGGAGAUGGUUCCGCUUUUGCAGUACUGCCGCGACUCGGGCGUCCGCCUCUUCGCGUGCGGCGUGCCUCCUAAGAUUCUGCGCUCGGUGCAGGCAGGCGGAGUGCAAGCCCUCGCGCCCAUCGACCGCCAGCGCUACGCCCCUCCCCUCGGCGGCUUCCCCGCGCCUUCGCCCUCCGCAUCAACCGACCAACCGCUUACCAGCUCCGCGGCGGCAUCCGCGACGGCGGGGCUGUGGGGGCUGGAGCCAGCGGCGGUGGCGGCGGAGGUGUACUCGCGGGAAGCCGUUUCGCGAGCGUCGCUGCCUUUCGGCCCGGGGCCGUACUGGUUCGCGCAGGCGCGCGUGGUGGAGCAGCACGCCGUGGCGCGCAGCAUCGAUCAGGCCAUGGCGGACGGCGGAAUCGUCGGGCUGCUCGUCGUCCUCACGGGCGCGUCGCAAGUGCGCUACGGAGCGCAGGGGUCCGGAGUCCCUGCCCGGAUCAACAACGGGCAACUGAAAAUUUCUGCUGGGUCGCAACGAGUGGUCCUUCUCAACCCCGAGCGCCAGCGCAGCCGGGGAGACGGUGAACUGCCCGAAGCCGAUUUUUUCUGGUACUCGGGCAGCCGCAUGUGCACGCAAAACUGUUAUGACAGGGCGGAAAUCGCGCGCGUGAUGGGCGCAGCGGGGAGAACCUUCGACAACCUACCGCAGGACCUACAAACGGGGAUAGAACGCGGAUUAAUCUCUCCGGACACGCUCCAGUCGUUCUUCGAGUUAGAAAGCCACCCGCUAGUCGCGGAGGCGACGAAGCGCUUCCAGGGGCUGCGGGAGCGCGUGUACGCCGACCCGCGGUUCCUCCAACGGAUAGUAACUGAGGAGGCGAUCAGCGUCACGACGGCGCUGCUGGCGCAGUGGGAGAAGCGGCGCGAUCGAUUCUGGUCGGAGAUCGAAUACGUCGCGACGGACGUGCUGCGCGGCGUGAUCGUGAAUUUCUUCACCGUCUGGUUACCCGCUCCCACGCUCUCGUUCCCCGCCGCCUCUGCCGCCUCUUCAAUCGCGGGCUCCGCAGCAGCAGGAGCGGCUGGCGCAGCGGGGGCGGUGCAAGGGCCGGUGCAGCAGCUGGUGUCAGGUGUGGGUGCGUGGGCUGCGACGCUGCCGAAGAACGCGUUUCAGAGGGCGACGCAGCCCGGGCAAGACUGGGGGCUGCAGCAGCGGCUCGCGUCCAUCCUCUUUACAAGCGGGAAGCUGUUCACUGUAGGGUUCUCGGCGAGUGUUGGCACUGUAGCGCUGAAUAAUUUGUUCAUGGAGGUGAAGAACCGCCUGGGAGAGUUGUCUGCUGCUGGCGGCGCUGCUUCUGCUGCCGCUGCCGCUGCCGCUGGUGCUGCUGCUAACGCGCCUGCUGCAACGAAGCGGUCCCCUGUGCUGAAGACUGCUGCAGUGUAUGGCGGGUUCCUUGCCACGUCAGCGAAUCUCCGGUACCAGGUGAUAGGCGGGGUAGUGGAGCACUGGAUCGCGGAUUACUACCUAGCAGCCAACCCCAUGGCAGGAGCAGCGCUUUCCAUGAUUGCGCGUACUCUCAACUCCUACUGGGGAACCUCCCAGUGGGUUGAUCUUGCCCGCUUCGCCGGCCUCCAAACCUCCACCGCCCAGUCCUCUGCUCCUGCUUUGCCAGCUGAAUCAGCGGCAGAAGCGGCAGCGGCGGCGGCAGCAGCAGCAGCGGCAGAAGCGGCGGAAGCAUCAGCAGUGGCGGCUGCGGCUUUGGAGCAGGCGUAUUCGGCCUCUCCCUCGGGGUUUUCUGGGUUGACUCCGAUCCCUGUGCUGGUCCAUGAUCCGCGCUAUGCUGCUGCUAGUGCCGGCGUGCCUGCGUUUGAGGCCUGGCAGUAUGCUGCUCCUGCCGCCGCUGCUGCAGAGGCAGCUGCUGACAGGGCAGUGGCAGCAGAAAGGGUGGCUGCAGCAGCAGCAGCAGCGGCAGCGGAAGCAGCAGAAGCAGAAGCAGAAGCAGCAGCAACAGAGAAAGCAGUGGCAGCAGAAGCUGCAGCUGCGGACUCAGAAUCCCUAGCAACAGCGAACUCAGAUUAUCUCCUGUUGGGAAUCCCGGCGCUCCCUGAGCAGAUAUCCUCAUUCUCAGUCUCUGAAUCAGGUGAAUCUCUGCCUCCUGCCGCUCAAGAGCCUGCACCACCUACCACCAGGACCCUCCCUGGAACACCCAACGGAUUUGAGGGAACGGAUUCUGCAGCAGCUGUUACAGAGGCUCUUUUUGAACUGCUCCGGGAAUCAGACGAAUCAGAGGCUGCGGCCGUUGACCGCCUGAUGACCACUGCUCCCGAUUCCCCGCUUCCUCUCGCGGCUAUUGGGCUUGAAAUCACGGAGUCUGAGAGGAGUGAGCGUGGUGGUGCUUGGGCGAUAUCGGAUGAGGAAAUUAUCUUGGAAGCCGCAGAGCUGUCAGUCCCCUCCUCUCCCCCCAUGGGAUCUGUGAUCUCGCUUGAGCAUGUGUCAAGGGUAGGGGAUGUGGAGCUGCUUCCUUCUCUGGAUUCCUCCAUCCCUCUUGAUUCUCUGUCUACUCUUGAUUCACAUCCCUGCCUUGACUCCCUUCCUACUCUCGACUCGCUUCCUUCUCUUGAUUCUCUUGCCUCUGGUGAUUCUUUAGAAGUGCCUGCAGUGGUGCCUGCAGUGGUGCCUGCAGUGGUGCCUGGUGAUGGCCCUGCUGUGACAGUGCUGGUCGCAGCAGAAGCAGCGGCUGGGAUGGAUAUGCGUUGGCUGACAGGCAGCAGCAGGACCUGA